AUGCUCAAAUUGUUCUCCAUUUUUCUAAUCGUUCUUCCCCUUUUUUCGCAUGCUUUUCUGAGCUGUGAAGACUGUUUGAGCACCGGGAAACAGUGAGUUUUAGUCAAAUUUUGUCUCGAAAACGAAUGCUCUUAUUUUUCAGUUUUUGCGCCGACACAAAGCUCUGCAACUCGCCGGCGUGCGUCAACACGAUUACGGUAGGCGCGAAAGUACGCAAACACCGUCGUCACGCACUUUCGCAUUUUCAGCUUGCUCUAAACUGUCCGAGAGCUCCGAAUGCCACGUAUGACGAUAAUGAGGCGCGCACGAAAUGGCUUCCACUUUUUGGAGCCGGAGCAACGAAUUCGCUCAUGGCUCAAAAGUGUUUCGAGUGAGUUUUAGGGGUUCUUUGACAAAUUUUCAAUUAAAACGAAGUUUAGCAACAACUGGCCAACGCUGAAACUCUCCAAGCGGAUUCUCGUCAAUUGCAGUGAUCCGAGUCCGAUUUUGCCAAGUAAGAUCUUAAUUUUGUUCCUUUUUUCCUCAAGAUUACCUUAAAAGUUAGCUGAAAAACGUGUCAACUUGCAGCGACGACGUGCGCAAUGAUCACGGCGGUGGAUGUUUCCAAAAAGAUACUGGUGAUGUCGUUCCGAGCGACGAACGGAAAUACCCAGUUGGGCGAGGAGUUUCUCAACUAUUUUGUGGCGAAAAAACAAUUUUUCGACAUUGGAUACAUUUUCGAGUUCUUCUACGACGCCUACGUGGCACUCUGGAAGGGCGGUCUCGAGACGGAAAUCCGGAAUUUAAAGUACAAGUAUCCGGAUUACGAGUUGUGGGUGAGCAUGAAUCUUUACGCCGAGGCCUGGACUUUUGACACACUUGCAAAGUCCAGGCCUCCAGAAAGCCCUCGAGACCGUGGCUCCUUUCUGUCUCAACUUUUCAAUCGAUAAACUUGCAGGUGACGGGUCACUCGCUGGGCGCGGCGCUGGCCUCGGUCGGUGCCUCGUGGGUCGUCAAAUCGGGUCUUUUCAAGCCGGAAACCGUGAAAGUGCUCACGGUCGGACAGCCGAGAACCGGCGAUUACGACUAUGCCAUGUGGCAUCAGAAUACUGUACGCUUUCGAGACACACAUUCCACCGAAAAAUGUAUGUUUGCAGUUCGCCUGGUCGUUCCGAGUGGUUCAUCAUCACGACAUUGUACCGCACGUUCCGUUCCAAUACGAAAUUGUGGAUAAGGACAAGAUGUACCAUCACAGAACCGAAAUCUGGUCAGUUUACUGUUUCAGACAAGUUUCUAAAUGCUUAAAAACUGGUACAAGACCAGUUUCCAUGGUGAAUUCCAAUAAAACAAAUGUGUUUUCAGGUACAACAACGACAUGUCCGAGGGUUCCACUUAUCAAAUUUGUCCGGAAGCCGACGGAUUGUAUUGUGUGAAUCAACAAGUGGAUUUGAGUUGGAACGACCACACCCACUAUUUCAAUACCGAUUUGAAUGUGUACGGAGAUCAGGGAUGUCCGAAAAGAUAA